GACAUCGACGUCCAAUGAAUGAGCUUGCAUUUUCGACGUCAGCUGUCAUUAGCAUUGCAUUAUUGUUCAUUUGGUUUAUUCUAAUUUUAAUUAUAAUUCUGGAUUUCUGUGUAAAAUUUUAAUGAUUAUUGCUUAAUAAAUCCGAAGUAAAAAUUCAACAUGGAUCGUCUUCUACGUCUUGGUGGAGGGAUGACAGGGUUGUCUCAAGCACCCCCGCCUACUGAUGCUCCGGUUGUGGACACAGCUGAACAAGUCUACAUAUCAUCGCUAGCGCUGCUAAAAAUGUUGAAACAUGGCAGGGCAGGUGUUCCCAUGGAAGUCAUGGGUCUUAUGUUGGGUGAAUUUGUGGAUGACUACACAGUUCGUGUGAUUGAUGUGUUUGCAAUGCCGCAAACUGGUACUGGGGUGUCAGUAGAAGCUGUCGACCCAGUGUUCCAGGCCAAGAUGUUGGAUAUGCUGAAGCAGACUGGUCGUCCUGAGAUGGUGGUGGGCUGGUACCACUCACAUCCAGGAUUUGGUUGCUGGCUCUCUGGUGUGGACAUAAACACUCAACAGUCAUUUGAAGCUUUGUCAGAGAGGGCUGUAGCCGUCGUUGUCGACCCCAUUCAGUCCGUCAAAGGGAAAGUUGUCAUUGAUGCAUUCCGUCUAAUAAACCCCAACAUGAUGGUCUUGGGACAGGAGCCCAGGCAGACCACUUCCAAUCUGGGUCAUCUCCAAAAACCAUCAGUGCAAGCCUUGAUUCACGGUCUCAACCGCCAUUAUUACUCCAUCAGUAUCAACUACAGGAAGAAUGAGUUGGAGCAGAAAAUGCUCUUGAAUCUCCACAAAAAGUCAUGGAUGGAUGGACUCACAUUAUCAGACUACAAAGAACACUGCUCUAUCAACGAGACCACCGUCACAGAUAUGCUCGAUUUAGCAAAGAAUUACAACAAAGCUUUAGAAGAUGAAGAGAAAAUGACACCUGAGCAAUUAGCCAUUAAGAAUGUUGGUAAACAGGAUCCUAAGAGGCAUUUGGAAGAGAAAGUCGAUGUUCUAAUGUCAAAUAACAUUGUACAAAAUCUAGGAGCGAUGCUCGACACAAUGGUAUUCAAAUGAUCUCUACCGACAUGUAUAUUGUAAGGUGUUAAGAAAAUAAUCAUCUCAUUUCUGUUCUCGCAUUACAUUUCACCUCAUUGUAUGAUACUUACUUGUGUACCUAUUGCGAAAUAAAAUUCCGAUUUUUA